UCCUGUCUUCUUCCCCGGCGGGGACCAGCUCGGAGCGGAGCCAGCAGAGGCUGCCCCUCCGCCGCCUACCAUCCCCUCGGCCACCUCCCGCUCGCACGCGCUGCCGAGCCCCGGUGGCCAGCAGGCGGGAGGCGGCGGGCAGGAGCCGGGGGCAGGGCGCUGCAGCAGCAGGGGGCGGUGGUAGGCAGAGGCGCCGGAUCCGAAGGGAGGGCGGCCGCUAGGUUCCCAGGCGCAGCCCCUCAUGCGUGUCUCCGGGCAUGCUGCCGCUGCCCCUGCCCCUGCAAGUCCCCGUCUAUGCCUCGUCUGAGCCCCUCGGAUCGGGUCUGCGCCUCUCGCAGGGCUCGCCGCGGGAACAUGCCGAGCUGAGGAGCGGCUGGAGGCGGCGGCUGCAGCUGGGGCUCUCCCUGUGCCUGGGAUCUAAGGGCCCGCGCCGGGCAAUGACCCCCCGCUCCUCUGCCUCUGAGGACUGAAGGAGCUCGCGGGGCUCGGCACGCACCCGCCGCGGAGGGGACGCGCGGCUCCAGCGCUUCAGAGGAAUGAGACUGUCCGUGAAGUGCAACCCUGCUAUAUCUGACUUCCUGCUCCAUUGAGAUGUCCCAGCAUACACAGGGCUGGUGACAUCAAUCCCAUCAAUGAACAACGUUGGAGCAUGGAGUCUACCUUUGGGGAUAAGAAGGGUCAGCAGAAACAUAUCACCGAAGAAAGAAUCCACAAUGGAAAAAACAACUCACAGUUGCUUCUUACUGAUUAUGCUUCUAAUCAGAAUGGCUCCAAGUCUUACCUCUACUGUCAAUUAUACUGAUCCUACAUUAGAGCCUGUAGUAACUGAACAUUCACCAGAACGACAGAAGAUAAUAGAUUCACAGUUCAAAUGCUAUGAGAGAAUGAACAGAGAUCCACCAUAUAGAAAAAAAGGUCUGUUUUGCAACCGAACUUGGGAUGGAUGGUUGUGCUGGGAUGACACACCUGCUGGAAGUUUCACUGAUCAGAAUUGUCCAGAUUAUUUUCCAGACUUUGAUCCAACUGAAAGGGCUUCAAAAUACUGUGAUGAAACAGGAAAUUGGUUCCGACAUCCAGAGAGCAAUCGGACUUGGUCCAACUAUACAUUGUGUAACUCCUUCACCUCUGAGAAAUUGAAGACGGCACUCAUACUUUAUUAUAUGGCUAUAGUAGGCCAUGCUUUGUCUAUAACUUCACUAUUGAUUUCCCUGGGGAUUUUCUUCUAUUUCAAGAGCCUCAGCUGUCAAAGGAUAACACUGCAUAAGAAUUUGUUUGUCUCCUACGUUCUUAACUCUGUGUUUACCAUCGCCCACCUCAUCACAGUAGUGCCUAAUCCAGGCCUUGUAAAAAGGGAUCCUGUAAGCUGCAAGGUGCUGCAGUUUUUUCACCAGUACAUGCUGGGUUGUAACUACUUCUGGAUGCUCUGCGAAGGCAUAUAUCUUCACACUCUAAUUGUGGUGGCAGUAUUUGCUGAAGAGCAGCGUUUGCACUGGUAUUACCUCUUGGGCUGGGGGUUUCCUUUAGUGCCAGCAUCUAUUCAUGCUGUUGCAAGAGCCAAAUACUUCAAUGACAACUGCUGGAUGAGCGUUGACACUCACUUGCUCUAUAUUGUUCAUGGACCCGUAAUGGCGGCUUUAUUGGUAAAUUUUUUCUUUUUGCUUAACAUCGUCCGAGUUCUGGUGACAAAGCUAAGAGAUACUCAUCGGGCUGAGUCCAACAUGUACAUGAAAGCUGUCAGAGCCACACUAAUCCUGGUGCCCUUACUAGGAAUUCAGUUUGUCAUUAUUCCAUGGAGACCAGAAAACAGACUUGCUGGAGAAAUAUAUGAUUACAUCAUGCAUAUAUUAAUGCAUUACCAGGGCUUACUUGUUGCAACUAUAUUUUGCUUCUUCAAUGGAGAGGUACAGGGCGCUCUAAAAAGGCAAUGGAUGCAGUAUAAGACCCAAUGGGGGCAAAGACGACGCGAGCACUGCUCUACGCGAUCUACCUCCUACACAGCAACAUCUAUCAGCGAGGUCCCCGUUUAUCUGAAUCACCAUGAUUCCACCAACGAACAGUUAAAUGGAAAAUACAUAGAUGACUCUGAACUCAUUGCAUUAAAAUCUGGAGAGACGUCUGCCUAGCUCGGAGGAAAACAAGACAAACAGGUCAUUUUGCAUUCAGUUCAUGGCAGGGUGGGGCGAAGGGAAGGAGUGCAGACUUGAGAGCCACUAUGAGAGAGUGCUAAACAGGACACAUCAUAUGCAAACUAUAGAAGCAUCAGCUUCGGCCAGUGAUGGCCCAGCGAGAGUCUGCCUGAGAGAGGUGGAUCUAGUAUUUGAUACUACUACAGCAUGCUGCUUUUAGAAACAGGACUGAGGAUGGAACUAUUCAAUGAGACAUUUGGAUUUUCCACAGUUCCUGCUAUUGGCCAUAUGGCACACAGAUUCAAUAGUCAUAACAAUUCAAGGUAUCCCAUAGCAGAUAUAGAAGAACGGAUUAGUUCAUAGAAAGGAGUGUUCAGUUUCCAGACUGGACUAACUACACGAAGGAUUGGAAUUGUUCAGUAUUUGUUGCUUUAAAUACCUGUCUUUCACCCUAGACUUUAAACGAUCAUCUUUCAUUAGGUGUAACAGGCUUGGAAUCUGUUGUUGUUUUCAUUGUAAUCAGCUCUGCUGCUUUCCUGGAAAUGUUUGCACUUGGGUGGGAGGGGAGAAACCCGUCAUUCCAAGGCAUUCAAAUUCUUAGCUCAAAAGGAUCUCAGACAGAAUUACUCUCCUGACACCAGGUGCAUAACAGAAAUGAAGGUAAACUAUUUAUUGUAUUAAAAACAUUCAGCACUAGUAGGCAUAAGCAUCAGUAGAGAAACAAAACACUUCUUUGGGAGCCUCAUGAAAGUCCUGGAGAGAUCUCAAAAAUAUUUUUUGUUCAAGCUGGGCUAGUUAUUCGAUCAUAUUCAUUAAUAGGAAAACUGUAGCCAUAAUACUCCGCCCAGCAAUCUGAUAAGUAAGGAACAAUUUUGCACUAUGAAUAAACUGUGAAAUGUAUUUGGAAAUUAAGAUUUUUGUUAAUUGCUGUUGACACUCUGAGCCUCCAGCUGGUGACCAUUUGCCUGUCUAAUGAAGUUGUGUGCUGGCAGUAAAGGAGGCCAGUGGAAGAGAUGAGGAACUAGUUUAUCCGGUGUCACAGCCGAAGAAAUAUUCAUUAUUAGAAAGUCAAUAUUUUAUGUAAUUAUUAAACACUAACGGUCUUUUUAUGAUUGUUAAAUGAGCCUUCCAGCCAAGGAGUAACUUAUUUAUAACUAUAAGGCUCCUCUAUUGCCAGUGUCAAAUGACAGUUACACACCAGUGGGCUGAGUAAAAUAGCUACAAUUUCUUUCCAAAGGUGAAUGUAAACGUCCUUGCAAAUGGAUAGGACCAGUGCCUGGGCAGCUCUGCGUAGAGCUUGUCAAACAUUAUAGCAAACUCUCUUAUGCCAAACUUUUAUUUUCUUUUACUUUUUGCAAAAAAAAAAAAAAAUGCAGAUUCAGUGACACCAAAACAUUCCAUGAAUUUGUGUCAGUUUCUUUGAAUUGUUUCAGUUUAAAAAAACCUAAAAUAUUUUAAAAAUCAUGUUUCAUUUUGACAUUUUCUAAAUUAAAUAUUUAAAUUAUUUUAUUCAAAAAGAUUGAGUAGAAAUUUCCUUUUAAUUUUAUUUAAUUUUUUUUUUUUAAUGUUCAAUUGAAAUAAAAACAAUAAAAUGUUUCAGGUCAAACAAAAUAUUUUGUUUGACCUGAAUCUUACAUUUUUCUCUUUUUAACUUUUGAUUCAGUGAAAAAAAAAAUGUAAAUCUGUUUUUCCCCCCAGAAUUGCAAGUGAACUGAAAAAUCUAUUGUUCACCCAGUUCUAGUUCUAGAUGUUUGCAAGUCCAAGGACUUUUUGCCUAUAGAAUUUAUCUUGUAUAUAAAGUUCCCAAGUAUCUCUGAAAAAAUGUCCAGUGAAAUGUAUCACUAUUUCUCCUCUGGUUUUCAUGUAGUUGGGUAAUUUUAAAGCCAACAACUAGUAUUUGUACAAUGAGGUCUUGACUUUUUUAUUAGGUUAAUCAGUGAUUUGACACCUUUAAAAAUAGGCCAGAAAGAGGCCAUCCAUUCUGUUUGCCUCCACUUCUACCUAUUGUGUGAUCCAUGUAUAUUUGACAGCACAAUUCUACCAGCCUCAGGCACAAGGAAUGAAGAACAGAAGGGAGACAGUCACAUCAGUCACAUACCUCUGAUGCCACAGACCUACCUACUCCUGUCUUUGGUGUCACUUACUUCCCUUAGCUAUCUCAAUAUCAGCAUUCAGCCAUGAGUUGUUUGAAGGUUGAUUUAGCACUUGCGUCACAAUCCCAUCUCUGGGAUUCAAGGAGGAGAAGGGAUAGGGAAACAAGGGAGAACCAGGGAAGUAGGGAGUGGAAAGGAGAAGGAAGAAGAGGAGGAGGAAAUGCUGUCUCUGAUGUCACAAUUCCACUAACCAGUGACUUUUGCAGAGGCACCAGCUAGUUACAAAUAUAUUUUAAACUCCCUUUCUUCUUUAUUUACUUGCGGAGAUUCCAUCCAAGGAUUUGUUUUUCCCCUGCAAGAAUCAAAGACUCGGUUAAGGCAUAAACAAGUAAUUGUGCUCUACUCUUAGCACUGCUUCGAUUACCUAAAGUAUAAUUAGUUCUGAGAGUCCGAACCUCAGAGCUUGCCAGGUAGGUAAAGGAGGGAAAAUAUUUCAAAUCCAGCACUUUGCUUUACAAUGUCAAUGCAUUAGUAGCUCUUAAAUCUACAAACAGAGGGCCUAAUCCUGCGGGAGGAAUUCUGAGGAGAAAGAACUGCAGGAUCAAGUUUACAUUCUGUUAGGGUGAAAUUCAUUCGUUAAGCUCAUGCAAGGCCUGUGCAACACUUAAGCACUGAGCGUCUGAUCCACAGCUAUUGAAGUCAAUGAAGAGAUUCCGAUUGACUUAAAUGGGCUUUGGAUGAGGCCCUAAAGUAUAUGAAUGGGACUUAAAUAGUGCAGACCUUGUGUGGGCCCACUGCACAGACAUGAAUUUCAUGCUUGCUGAUAUGGGAGAGAUUUUAAACAUUCUGUGCAGGAUUAAGCCCCAAAGCUUUUCUGUGACACCCUCAAAAUUGACAUGGAGGACUAUUGGUUGUACCUAACUGUGCUAACCUCUACAUUCCAACACACGUAUUGGGACCACAUCUUCCUACCCAACGAUCUUUCAAGAAUGAGUCCACUGACAGUGGAAUUCAGAGUUUAUUUAAUCCAGCGAUGUAUUUGGGGAGAAAAUAUAGUCGCGUCCAUUCACUCAGUGAAAAACCUUGGUUGGAAACCACUGAACAUGUCUGCUUUGCUGACUGUACGAAAGAAGGUAUUUUUUUCAGACAAGAGUGUUUUGUGUAUUGCUAUUUCUACUUUUGCUAGUAAGCUAUGAUGGGCAAUGGAGGAUUUAAUAGUCAAAGAAAACAAGGCAGCUUUACUAUGAAUUUUAUAUUUCUGAACAUUUUUGAUGCAUAUUGUACUUUCCAGUAGGGCUCCAGCAGGUGUACUUAAUUUCUAACUACAGGAAAUAGAUUAUUGUAAUAGAAAUGUACAUAAUACGUAAGAUCUGAUAAAUGCUUGUGUAACUUAUAUGUACAAAUUGUUUUUCAGAGUCUGUUAUAUUCAUGUAAAGUACAAUAUUGACAUAUUUUUCUAAGGGAA